GGAGCCAGAGAUCGCGCGAGAGCAGUCGGUCUUUGGAACCGGCUGCUGUCGUCGCUGUGCAGAAGGAAGAGGCGAAGUCACCCGCCCAUAGACUUAAUCCAUAUUUAUUAUUUAUCUUAUUCGGCUCCAACGACUGGAAAAGAAGCAUGGCAGACCCGAAAUAUGCCAACCUGCCGGGCAUCGCCUUCAACGAGCCCGACAUUUACGAGACGGCUGACCUCCCGGAGGAUGACCAGGCACAGUUUGAAGCGGAGGAACUGAACAGCGACAGCGUUGAGCGCAUUGUCGUGAACCCAAACGCAUCUUACGACAAGUUCAAGGACAAGCGGAUCAGCACCAGGGACAUUGAUUUCUCCGACCGAAUAAGCAAGGCGAGGCGGACUGGUUAUGAGUCAGGAGAUUACGAGAUCCUGGCCGAAGGGUGCGGGGCCAAGGAGAGUCCUCAGCAGAAGUACCAGCGUCUGCUGCACGAGAUGAAGGAGCUGAGUGAGGAGGUGGAGCAGAUUAAGAAUUUGGCAAAGGACGCGGCGGCGGAGGAGAAGCUGACUCCGGUGUCUCUGGCCAGCCAGGUGGCUGCCCUGAAGCAACAACUGGUCACCCUGCAGCUGGAGAAGGUGUUGGGUCCUGAGGCUACUGUUGACCUGACAGACCCUGAAGGAGCACUGGCAAAGCGCUUGCUGGCACAGCUGGAGGCCACCACCAAAGAGGGAGUGCCAGGCCCGACUGGGAAAAGCCCUGCCAAAGGAGGGGAGGGCAAUGCAGUCACGUACGAGCUGUACUACAGGCCUGAGCAGACCCGCUUCACCCAGGCUGCAAAGCUGGCAGAGCUGGAAAAACGAAUGGCAGAACUUGAAGCGGCUGUGGGAACCAGCUCGGACAGACAGAACCCAUUGACUGUAGCACUGCAAGACUCCUCUCUCAUGGGAGCAGUUGAGAUACUCCAGGCCAAAGUGAGCACGUUGGACCCAGCGACCUUGGACCAGGUUGAAGCAAGGCUGCAGAGCGUCCUGGGGAAGCUGAAUGAGAUUGCCAAACACAAGAAGGCCAACGAGGACGCAGAGACCCAGAGCAAGAUCGCCCAGCUGUACGACCUGGUGCAGAAGUGGGAUGGAAUGGCCACCACCCUACCGCAGGUUGUGGAGAGACUGGUGGCCGUGAAGGAUCUGCACGAGCAAGCCAUGCAGUUUGCUCAGCUGCUCGCCCACCUGGACUCCACACAGCAGGCGAUCACCGGCUCCAUGAGGGACAACAGCACGCUGCUGACACAGGUACAGCAGACCAUGAAGGAAAAUAUGGCCCUGGUGCAUCAGAACAUCGUCAGCCUGGACACACGCAUGAGGAAGCUGGCAGCAUAGGAACGCACUCCCUCCACCCCAGCGACGUACUGUCCAUUGAUCCCAUUGGAGAAGAGGAAGAAGGGAGGAAGAGGGACCAGCACCUCGUUUCCCCAUCCGAAGGCUUGGCUCGGAACUGUAUCCUGCAUCUUCCCUCCUCAGGGUGGAGGGGGGGUUUCCCAGACAUCGCAUUUUUCUGACCUCACCCCUCCCCCAGCAAUCUGUAACCAGAAAUGCUCCACUGAAAAUGGGAUACCUUGUCUGUAAACUAACAGCUCCUGCAUGCACUCUCACUGGGAAAGACAUUAAAGGACCUCCACUCUC